CGUGGCCGCGGCGGCUGGUGUAGGGUUGAGUCAGUUGUGAGACCCGGAGCUGCGGAGCGGCGGGCGGCCCACUGAGCCGGCGACGGAGCGGCGGGCGUCGGGUUCGGGAGCCGAGCGUGGCCCCGUGUCGAGCCGGGCCGAGCCGCGCCGCCGCCGCCCCCCGCCCGCAGCUAGCGAGCCGCCGCCGCGGGCGCGCCCCCGCUCUGCGCUGUCUGUCCGAUGGCGUCCGCCUCCGGGGCCAUGGCGAAGCACGAGCAGAUCCUGGUCCUCGACCCGCCCACAGACCUCAAAUUCAAAGGCCCCUUCACAGAUGUAGUCACUACAAAUCUAAAGUUGCGGAAUCCAUCGGAUAGAAAAGUGUGUUUCAAGGUGAAGACUACAGCGCCCCGUCGGUACUGUGUGCGGCCCAACAGUGGGAUUAUCGACCCGGGCUUGACCGUGACUGUCUCAGUAAUGCUGCAGCCUUUCGACUACGACCCCAACGAGAAGAGUAAGCACAAGUUUAUGGUACAGACCAUUUUCGCCCCACCGAACUUCUCAGAUAUGGAAGCUGUGUGGAAAGAGGCAAAACCCGAUGAAUUAAUGGAUUCUAAAUUGAGAUGUGUGUUUGAAAUGCCCAAUGAAAAUGAUAAACUGAAUGACAUGGAGCCUAGCAAAACGGCGCCCCUGAACGCCGCGAAACAAGACGGGCCGCUGCCCAAGCCGCACAGCGCUUCCCUCAGCGACACGGAGACCAGGAAGCUGAUGGAGGAGUGCAAGCGGCUGCAGGGGGAGGUGCUGAAGCUGUCGGAGGAGAACCGGCACCUGAGGGAUGAAGGCUUAAGGCUCAGAAAAGUAGCACAUUCGGAAAAACCUGGAUCAACCUCAGCUGCGUCCUUCAGAGAGAACGUCACCAGUCCCCUUCCUUCACUUCUUGUUGUAAUUGCAGCCAUUUUCAUUGGAUUCUUUCUAGGGAAGUUCAUCUUGUAGAGUGACGCAUGCAGAGUGCUGUUUCUUUUUUUCCCUCUUGACCAGAAAAAGAUUUGUUCACCUGCCAUCUCACUGGUAGUGUGGCCCACGGUGACCAUUUGUGUGUACAGCGUCAUAUAGGCCUCGCCUUCAGUGGUCUCUUACGGUUAGAAACACAGUCAGAACAGCGUGCUCGGCUGCGGACAGAUUGUACGUCACAGACCAUCACUAGCAGAUGCCAGUUGCACAUUCAGUCCUGUAUGAAAUUCAUAAAUAAAGAAUUGUUCUUUCUUUGUGGUUUUAAUAAGAGUUCAAGAAUUGUUCAGAGUCUUGUAAAUGUUAUUUUAAUAAUCCCUUUAAAUUUUAUCUGUUGCUGUUACCUCUUGAAAUAUGAUUUAUUUAGAUUGCUAAUCCCACUCAUUCAGGAAAUGCCAAGAGGUGUUCUGCGGGGAAAUGGUGCCUCUUACAGUGUAAAUUUUCUCCUUUACCUUUGCUAAUAUCAUGGCAGAAUUUUCUUACCCCUUGUGAGGCAGUUGUUGACUGAGUUUUUCAUCCUUACAAUCCUGUCCCAUGGUAUUUAACAUAAAAAUAAUAAAACUGUUAACAGAUUCUUGCUCGAUA